AUGGACCAAAAUGCCUUCGUCUCUUCUCUCAAGAUGACUAAUACUUUUGAAUGUCUUCUUAUCAUUACAGGCACUAUAGCCACCUACCUUUAUUUUGGAGGCACUAUAGCUACCUACUUAGAUCUUGGCGGCACUAUAGCCACCUGCCGUUAUUUUGGAGGCACUAUAGCCACCUACUUUUAUUUUGGAGGCAAUAUUGCCACCUACUUUUAUUUUGGAGGCACCAUAGCCACGUAUUUUUAUCUUGGAGGCACUUCUGCCACCUACCCAUAUCUUGGAGGAGCUUCCGCCACUACAUUGAUCUUGGAGGCACUUCCGCCACCUAACUUGAUUUUAGAGGCACUUCUGCCACCUACCUUGAUUUUGGAGGCACUUCCGCCACCUACCUUGAUCUUGGAGGCACUUCUGCCACCUACCUGGAUUUUAGAGGCGCCUCCGCCACCUACCUUGAUCUUGGAGGCGCUUCCGCCACCUACCUUGAUCUUGGAGGCGCUUCCGCCACCUACCUUGAUCUUGGAGGCGCUUCCGCCACCUACCUUGAUCUUGGAGGCGCUUCCGCCACCUACCUUGAUCUUGGAGGCGCUUCCGCCACCUACCUUGAUCUUGGAGGCGCUUCCGCCACCUACCUUGAUCUUGGAGGCGCUUCCGCCACCAACCUUGAUCUUGGAGGCGCUUCCGCCACCUACCUUGAUCUUGCAGGCGCUUCCGCCACCUACCUUGAUCUUGGAGGCGCUUUCGCCACCUACCUUGAUCUUGGAGGCGCUUUCGCCACCUACCUUGAUCUUGGAGGCGCUUUCGCCACCUACCGUGAUCUUGGAGGCGCUACCGCCACCUACCUUGAUCAUGGAGGCGCUUCAGCCACCUAAAUUGAUCUUGGAGGCGCUUCCGCCACCUACCUUGAUCUUGGAGGCGCUUCCGCCAUCUACCUUGAUCUUGGAGGCACUUCUGCCACUUACCCGGAUCUUGGAGGCGCUUCCGCCACCAACCUUGAUCUUGGAGGCGCUUCCGCCACGUACUUUGAUCUUGGAGGCGCUUCCGCCACGUACCUUGAUCUUGGAGGCGCUUCCGCCACGUACUUUGAUCUUGGAGGCGCUUCCGCCACCUACCUUGAUCUUGGAGGCGCUUCCGCCACCUACCUUGAUCUUGGAGGCACUUCCGCCACCAACCUUGAUCUUGGAGGCGCUUCCGCCACCUACCUUGAUCAUGGAGGCGCUUCCGCCACCUACCUUGAUCAUGGAGGCGCUUCCGCCACCUACCUUGAUCUUGGAGGCGCUUCCGCCACCUACCUUGAUCUUGGAGGCGCUUCCGCCACCUACCUUGAUCUUGGAGGCGCUUCCGCCACCUACCUUGAUCUUGGAGGCGCUUCCGCCACCUACCUUGAUCUUGGAGGCGCUUCCGCCACCUACCUUGAUCUUGGAGGCGCUUCUGCCACUUACCCGGAUCUUGGAGGCGCUUCCGCCACCAACCUUGAUCUUGGAGGCGCUUCCGCCAACUACCCUGAUCUUUGAGGCGCUUCCGCAACCUACCUUGAUCUUGGAGGCGCUUCCGCCACGUACCUUGAUCUUGGAGACACUGCAGCCACCUAGCCAGGUCUUGGAGGCACUACUGCCACCUAGCCUGGUCUUGGAGGCUUUGAGGUCGCGUACAAUGGUCAUUUGCUCUACUUAA